GAUCGGCCGGCCUGGCCUCAGAGCCCCGAGCCCCGAGCCCCGACGCCCGGCCCGUCGCCUCGCUCUCGCUGGCAGGACUGGAGGGGGCAACCCCGGGGUCCCGGCGGCCAGGGCCGACACCCCUGGGAACGGAGUCGGUGUGACCUUGAGGAGCAGCAGAGAUGGGGAAGACACUGGAUCUUUCCAAGCUCACGGAUGAAGAGGCCAAGCACAUCUGGGAGGUGGUUCAACGGGACUUCGACCUUCGAAGGAAAGAAGAGGAAAGACUAGAGGGGUUGAAGGGCAAGAUUAAGAAGGAAAACUCCAAGAGGGAGCUGCUUUCAGACACUGCCCACCUGAAUACCACCCACUGCGCCCACUGCCUGCAGCCCUACCGGCUCCUUGAGACCCCCAAGAGGCAAUGCCUGGACUGCCACCUCUUCACUUGCAGAGGCUGCAGCCACCCCCACCCAGAGGAGCAAGGCUGGCUCUGUGACCCCUGCCACCUGGCCAGGGUCGUGAAGAUGGGCUCACUGGAGUGGUACUACGGGCACGUGAGAGCCCGCUUCAAGCGCUUCGGGAGUGCCCAGGUGGUCCGGUCCCUCUGUGGGCGGCUGCAGAGAGCAGGUGGGCCCGAGCAGAUGCCCGGAGACCCAAGUGGAGAGGAAGAGCAGGCUGAAGAGGAUGGAGAAGGGGGCACGGCGGCCCAGCCCCAGCCCCAGCCCCUCGGCAGCCAAAAAAAGCGCCUCCUCCCCAUCCACGGCUGGGACUUUGAGGCCGACUCCGACGACUCCGAUCCGUCCUGUGGUCACCCGCCAAGCCUGUCCUCGGUCUCAGGGGCCACGGACGGCCUGCAGUCCUUGGACAGGAAAGCCCCACAUUCCAAGGAGCUGCCUAUUCCUAGUGAAACCUGCCGACCGUUCCCGUGUGCCCAGGCCCUCACAGAUGACCCCUGCGCAGAGGAGACCACCCCCCAGGAGGCUGGGAUCCUGGACCAGGCUGAUGCCAGGGCCCCCGCGUGCCACCCCCGUCCAGAAGAGCAGAGGGUCGGCCUCUCGCCUGCUGGACCAGACGAGCUCUCGGAGCUCUGCCUGCCGGGAGAGUCCUGCACUGCAGGCCCCGGGGUCGCUGCCACUCCCGGGACCAACAUCCUCAGGAAUGAGCAGCUGCCCUCCCAGUAUCUGGCCGACGUGGACACCUCGGACGAAGAAAGCAUCUGGGCUCAGAGAGUGGCCUCUCACCAUCCCAGACAGAAAGGCUGGACCGCCUCUGAGAGCCAGCAUCCAGGUGGCGACGAGCCCACAGAUGCCGACGUGGAAGAGGCGGCCCUCAAGAGAAAGCUGGAGGAGUUGACCAGCCACAUCAGUGACCAAGGGGUCUCAUCCGCGGAGGAGGAAGAGGGCACGGAUGCAGGGGCUGAGAUGGGCAGAAGCAAGACCAUCGAGGACCACCCUGGGGCCACCUGGGAGGUGCGCACGGCAGCAGACCAAACACCCAGCUGGGGGAAGGAUCCGCUGAGUCCUGGGGACCCCGAACAGCCCAGCAGGACCACGGAGGCAGAGCUGGCGGAGCUGGAGGGCCAAGUGGCCGCCACAACUCGCAAGGUGCGGCGGACAGAGAGCCAGGUUUCGAAUAUCAAGUCCAGGAUUGCAGCCUUGCAGGCAGCGGGGCUCACGGUGCGGCCCUCGGGAAAGCCCCAGAAGAAGUCUAACCUCCCGAUCUUUCUUCCCCGGCUUGUCAGGAAAUCUGACCAGAGUCUGAAGGAUCCACACGCAGACCCUUCGGAUGAGGCCGAGGUGGAGGCUGUGCCCUGUCUCGUGAGGAGGAAGCUCAGCAAUUACCCCAAAAGCCAAGACAAAGAUGAUGACUGCUUCAGUCGGAAGUCCAUGUACCGCGGAUCCCUGACCCAAAGAAACCCCAAUGGCAGGAAGAGUGCCGCCAACUACAGCUUUGCAAAGCCCGUGAUGACCCACCAGCCCUAAGAGGAGAGGUUCGCCUGAACGGGACACCCACCCUCUUCCCCUCCACCUCGGUCACUGCGUCCCACCUCCUGCCCCGCGCUUUCCACGGUACACAGCCCAGUGGAGGAAGAGGAGAUGCUGAAUCUGUGAUGCCCAAAAGCCUUGCCCACUAAGAUUUUCUUCCGACCUGACUGUCUCUGCACCACGAGCUCUGGUCCCAUCCCCACUGACCCCUCAGUGUCUCAGUCCCCACAGGGGCCACGUUGCCCACAAGCUGGCCCAUGGCCGCUCCAGGGGGACUUUCAGAAUUGGCAUCCGCGUUGAUCCAGAUGACUUGGGCUUUGGCAGUGUGCUGGGGUUUGUAGAAACAAUGGGGCUGAUCCUCCUUCUCCAAAUGAAAGCUGCUUCAAAUAAGCAGCUCCUAAAUUCAGUGUUGGAAAUGAUUAAAGAUGCCUGUACGUGGGAAGAGGA